CUUAUUUCCCCCGUUCCCAACAAUAUAAAUAUAGUUCCACUGAAAGUGAUCAAGGUAACAUUUCAGUUGCCGCAGAAGAAGGUUCACAAUAUGUUGUCCGUCAGUUUCGUGUUGUUUGCAUGUUUCGUGCUCGUUCUCACAGGGCAUUUUGGCGCCUGCAACGUUCUUCGUGAAACAGCGUCCGAUGAAAGAGUGAAGAGAGGUGUUAAUACUCCAGUGAGUUGCUGUUGAUUGUAUGUUAUGUUUCCAAUACGCUUCAGGGUACAGAAGCAUUGUAAUACAACUAAAUACUCACAUAAAAUUUGAAAUAACACAAAUUGUGGGGAACUAUUAAUACCGCAUAAAUGACUAGUUGAUAUUUAUCCCAAAACUAUAAAACUGUGGAUAUAUAUAGAUAGGGAUUCGACUACUUGAAAAAUACUGUUAAAUCUUCAACCAUUUUACCUUAUAAAUUUACUAUACAUGCAUGCAUGAGAUAAAUUACCUGGAUUCCACUUUUCAGUAAGAAGUUUACAUGUACGUACAAAGUCCUUGACUGAUGUUUUAUCAAAAUUAGAUUUUGAUUAAUUACUUAUUAAAUAUUAAAUUGUGCAUGAUUACAACGAAAGUUUUAAGAAAGUGAUUCACGGUUUAUUUUAACGUGUAAUUCUACACAAAAUGUGCAGUUCUAAACCCAUUUGUGCAGUUCUUAAAACUCAAAUGUGCAGUCACCAAAUUAACAAAAAUAUAACCUCAGAACAGUCUUCUCAUUAACUCGUUUUCCUUGUGGAUGCUCCAGAUGCCAGAAAUGCUGCAUGUUGUCAUUUAGCAUCAAAAAUCUAAAUGUUUUCUGGGAGAGGACCUUCAGACCCUCAUAUGUUCCUCACCAAACACUUACAUGCUGGGGUAAUGGAACAAAAGAGAUCCAACCACACCUUUAUUCUGCGCCACCUAUGUACUAAUUAAGACUAUCAUAAUUUGCAACGUUAACUAUAAAUUUACAACGUUUAUACUGUAGAUAAAAAUCCUUUGACCUCAAUCAAACACGUGAUGCUUUGUAACGUCCCUAAUAUGUGCAGUUCUAAACUUUUCUUAAAAUAAACCCUGAAGUGAUUAAGGCUCAUUUUGUGAGCAAACAGGGACAGCUAUGAACUAACUUGUAAAUAUAUAAUCAACUUGUAAAUUAGUAAUUGUAAAUCAUGUGGUUUGAAACUUUGUAUAUUCAUGUAUAUUUUUAUUUGUGGUUUUCCUCUCAUACAUUCGUAAGUUGAUUGUCAGCUUAAUUCAAUUGGAGCUCGCUCUGUUAAGGCCCUGUCACACUAUUGCGUAUGAGAGAAACGUAUGGGAAGCGUAUGAAAAUUAAUGAAAUAAUUUUCAUACGCACAAAAAUCCUUUGAAAUGCCAGCGUGUGCAUGAGUACCGUACAUCUGUAACUUUAAUUUGUACAUAUUAUUUGUGUAAUCAGUUAGUUAACACGCUCCUUAUGGGGACUGGAACACAGGCUAGAAAAACAGCUGAUGUCAAUGACGCUAGCUUGUCAAAAUAAAGUAUUAUGUAUGUAUCAGGGUUCGUAGCUGUCUUUGAAAUCCUUGCAGGUCUUUGAGGUCUUUGAAAAGUCUUUAAAUUGUGUGAAAAAGCGAAGAAAGUCUUUAAGAUUCUUUAAUUAAAUUCUUUAGUGAGGAACUGAUUAUACGAUUUUCUGCCUAAUAAAAUAGAUUGAUUGAAUCAAGAUUUUCGCAAAUAUCGAAGAAAAUGUGCAUUUUAGGAUGUGAUUUGACGGGACUAAUUACUGGGUAAAAACAGCUGCAUGAUUGCUCUCAAAGGUCUUUGAAAAGUCUUUGAAAAUAGGCAGAAAAAAUCUUGAAACUUAUACAACCUAUGCCUAACGUACCCCUAGCGUAUGUCAGCGCCAACCGGCGUAUGAGUGAUAUUUUUCUUACGCUAGCAUACGCUAGUACGAUACGCAAUAGUGUGACAGGGCCUUUAGACCACAUUUCAUCAUAUAUACAAUAUACUUAAAUAUAUAUGUAUUCGUAUAUUACGAUGUUUAUGCAUCUAUACUCAUAGGGGGGGGGUAAGAGCAACAAAGUAACUCGCAUGCUACAACAUUGUUCCAACAUCACGUUGCGUAUACACUCACUUGGAAUGGUUUUAGCUGCUGUUGCAGUUCCUUUGUAGCUGCAUCUGUUGACAAGAUCUGCAAUUCUGUUUGCCGGACAUAUUUUGCUUAAGACAUGAGACAUUUACGCGUAUCUUCCAUAUAGUGACACAUAUAUUUCAUUGGUCAAUUCGUUUAGGGCGGAGGUAUAACGCUUAAUUUCGAAAAAGGCAUGCGGGAUUUUAUCGUCAAUGGAAAAGGUGUUGGUAUCCACGGACAGGUUUGUUUCUUGAUUAUUAUAAGCGUCUUUCUUAUUAUCAUAUCGUAUAUAUUUCGGACUAUUUCGGAAUAUUUGCUUGUAUGUAUUGAUAUGACACAUAAUUUACAGAACUACAUAUAGUUGCCUGCGGAGAAGAAUACAUCUAGAUAGUGAUGAGUAUAUCUGUCGGUUUUGAAAAGUACCAUCCUUAAUUUCCACCAUGACAACCAAAUAUAACAAUUUAUCACAAGACAUUGCCCAAGCCUAUUUUCAUGAUUUGAGUUAACAAACCCAGAAGUUUCAAAAAUGAUUCCUUUCCAUGUAAGCAGACGAAAAAAAUGUUUUCUAAAAACCUAAAACUUACUUAAUUAAAACUACUUUAUUCUAGAAUUUUACUCUCCAAUUUCGACAUAAACAUUUUGGAAAAGACGGCGCAAAUUUAGUACAGCUGUCCCAUCCUAUAUGCCGCGUUAUACUUUGCUGUCAAACUUAAAAUAAUUAUUAUCUAAAAUUAAUUUAGUUAAUUACAUUAUACAGGGUGUAUAAAAAAACUGAACAGAUUUUAAAUUGCUCUCAAUUUCGCAAAACAGCUAUUAGUAUCCGGUUUUUUAAAUUUUGCAUAUACAGCUUCUUUGGGUGCUUACUACUUAUAAUAUAGAAUAAUGAAAAAUAUUUCUCGAACUCAAAUUUUGUAGCUACAAUCUAAAAAUGGCUUGCGCACGAGAUUUAUCGUAUUUUGAUUGUAUUUUGAGUCAAUGUGUGUAAAAUGUGUUGGGUGUUUAAUUGCUGCACGAAAUUUCAGACAAUUUGCUUCAGUUUAAGCCCUGUAACUACUCGCACAAAUUUACAUUUUUAAUUUGCACAUGUCAGCAAUAUGGAAAUUAGAUAAUGGCAUUAAUUAAGCAUGCGAAAGGCUGAUUUUUUUUUUAAACUAAAGCAAAUUUUGUACUAUAAUUAAAAACCCACCAAAUUUUCCAUCCACUAACUCAAAACAUAAUUAAAGCUUUUAAAUUUCGUGCGCAAGCCAUUUUUAACUUGUUGGAUAAGAAGCAGCCCCCUGGUUUACAGAAUUUGAGUUCGAGUAUUUUUUCUACAUUAUGGGUACUCAAGGAAUCUACUGGUAUAUAACGAAAACUAAAUACUAGUAGCUGUUUUGCGAAAUUGAGAGCAAUUUCAAAUCUGUUCAGUUUUUUUUUAUACACCCUGUAUAUAUCCCUGGUGACACCCCAGGAUCAUGCAUGCUCUCGUAUUCAUAAACUUUUACCUCAUUCAUUUACCUAUAUUAAAUUCCCAAAAACACAACCGCCGACGCAUUUUCGUACCCAGGGUCAGAAGACGAGAGAAAAUAGUCUGGGUACGAGAUUGCCGCCGACCCUUAGUCCAGUGUUGUAACGAGUCGAGUCAUUGACUCCGACUCGAGUCGCUAUUUUCAGCGACUUGACUUGACUCGAGUCCAAUACGAGAAAUGACUCGACCCGGGUCAACAGCCCCAAAUGACUCGACUCGGACUCGACUUGCUGAUUUUGCCGUAAAUGACUCGAGUCAACUCAUCUACAACUUGUACAGAGUAAAUUCAUCAGAAUUAUUGCGAUUGUAUUGCUUGGGAAGAACAAUGAGCCCUGUAAACAAUGUAAACUUUAUCAGAAAAUUAUGGGAUUUGCAUAGAAUAUAUUCCUGACGGGCAUACCUAUAUUACAUUUCUCUUUUAGGAACAACGCUAGUGCCUAGCCUCCUCCGCAGGCAACUGUGUAGUUCUGCAACGUUAUUAACCAUAAAAGAUUUAUCAGGAACGUAGAAAAUACAAGGAAAUACUAGUUCUGAAAUACGAUAUGAUAUUAAUAAACACUGGAGCGUAAAAAUAGGGAAGCUUGUGGAUAAUGUAGGAAGUAAUGGGAUAAUAGUGGGGCGAAAACGAGAAACGAGAGAAGGGAGAGUUCCUUCCUUCCUCCUUCGCUUUUCUCGCCCCGCCCCUUUCCCGCCCGCAUUUUUAAUUUUACGCUACAGUGUUUAUUAAUAUCAUAUCGUAUUUCAGAACUAGUAUUUCCUUGUAUUUUCUACGUUUCUGAUAAAUCUUUUAUGGUUAAUAACGUUGCAGAACUACACAGUUGCCUGCGGAGGAAGCUAGCUAGUGCCACAGUUUUUAAAAUGGAGUCUCAAAAUUUUUUGUACUUAUACUAAUUCUGACAGGUUAUUUUUAUUUUCGGUAUUUAUGAAGGGGUAUAUAAUUUCAAAUUAACUUACAAAGCGUGGUUAAUUAAAGCCUAUUCUUUGUUAAUUGUGACUCCAGUUGCAAAUGAUGCUAGUUGUAUGCAUGCAUGUACACUCGUUCAGCAGGCAUGAUGAGACAUGUCAUGUGGUCGUACUUAAUCAAUUGACUAGAACUGCGGUAUUGGUACAGUCUAUAGCUGCCCAGAUACUGUUAUUAAAUGACUAAAGUAAUUAGUUUAAAACGCAAAUUUGAUUACUAAUUUCCGACUGCAAGCUAGCUAGGGUAGCUCAAGUCAAGUCUAGCAAUUGACUCGACUCGACUUAAACCAGUGACUCGACUUGACUCGAGUGAAGCCGCUGACUCGACUCGUGACUUGACCUUUGAGUGACUCGACUCGUGACUCGACCUGUAGGUGACUCGUUACAACAAUGCCUUAGUCCGCCUUGUAAUUAAAACCACAUCCGGAUAACUUUUUCAAAUUAAUAUACGAUUGUCUCAAAAUAAGAGAAAACAACUCGGCAAAAAAGUUAUUACUUCAUCUUAUUUCAUAACCAUUUUCGCAGGGGAAUUAACUAUAUAUGAAAUUAAAGAAUUAUACAGAAUUGUUUUUGUAACUCGCAUUUUCGUCGCACGAUAAUAAAACUUGUCCACGGGCGUCAGGCAAGGCAAACCCGAAUAGCGCGAUUCGCCAUACCAAAACAAAAUUAAUACUUGCCAUGUAAUAAAGAUGAUUAGAAAUACUAUUGUAGCUUCUUCUCUCAACUCCGAUGGCUUGAUCGCGAUAAGUAUAAUUUAAAUUGCGUGCAAAACUAAAAACAAUAUAAAUUGAACAGAUACAUUAUUUUCAGGUUUUGGUUGCUUUCCAAGCCACGCUCACAACAGGUAGGAUUGGACCUAACUACGCCCACGGUGCCAUUAAAUUCAACGACGUUGCUCUGAACAUUGGAAGCGGUUAUAACCCAAGCACUGGCUUAUUCACUGCGCCUAUUGGAGGUAUAUACCAAUUUACUGCCACAUACCUUCAGCAAAGUGGCUACCAAUCUCACGUUCGGCUGAUUAAAGGGAGCGCGACUAUUAUCAGUGAUAUACAUGCAAACCACAAAAACUAUGAUCAGCUAACGAAAACUGUUCUUGUAGCUUUGGCAAAGGGCGAGACAUUCUGGGUUAAGUUGGAGAAAAGUAGUGCCUACGCUGUAUAUGGAACCCAACGAUAUACUCAAUUUGGUGGAUUCCUUCUUUCAGCCAACUAUAAAUAAUAAAACUUCACUGCAAAAUAUUAUGACUCAUUCGGUUGACAAAAUAAGUUGUCUUCCAUUAAUUUCCAGAACACUAGUAGUGACAUAAAAGAUAAUCGUCUCGCUAAUAUAGAACGAGUACAGGGUAGCUAGUAGUUGUACUGCAUCUGCAUUUAUUUUAAAAUAAAUAACAGA